UUCAGAAACAAUUCACGAUUUUAGUUUUAUCAACUCUACAUGUUUGACAUGAACCUGCAAUCGAUUAUGAAAUUAUUCGAGUCAAUGAUACCGGCUUUGUAUUUUCUCUAUUGUUAUUAUAAAAUUUCCAUUAGUUUAACAACGGUUCGUAUUGUUUGAUUUUUUCACUUCAUUAACAUUAUUUAUUUAUUUAAUUUUUUUGUUUUGUUUUUUGUUUACGAAACCUCGAGUUAUACAAAAUGGAGAUGUUACACUUUCAGAUGAAACUGUUGUUCGCUCAUAUAAAACUUGAUUACGAGUUAAUGACAGACGAGGAGGAAUUCAAAAUAAUCGAAAAGUACACGAAACAAACGAAAUUAUACGUUUACUUUUUAAUAGGUUGGUUGUAAUAAAAUUAAUGCGUACGAUAUAAUAAACGCUACAUUAUUAUUUUUCUCGUUACAGUUCUCUUUUAUCUUCAUCUUAUUUUAAUGAUAGUUCCAAGUGUUGUAAGCGUUCUUUGGUAUAUUUUUGGAAUAUCGAACGAUGUAACAUUACCAUUUUCAGUGAAUAACGUUUUAUACACAGGAUAUUUAUAUUAUAUUUUGCUUAUUUAUCAAAUAUUUGCAAGUUUUUCUAUAGUAACAAUAGGCAGUGUGUGUUAUUCAUCUUAUUGGGUAUUAAUACAACACGUGUGCAGUCAAUUCAGUGUUAUGAUAUGGAAAAUACGUCGAGCAUUUAAGACCGAUGAGGGACAUACGCGAAACACUUGGCUUAAGGUAACACCUCAAGAGGAAUGCAACUGGAUGAUCGAUAUAAUAAAGUUUUAUACGAGAAUCACGAAGUUCGUUGAUAUGAUAAAUAAAUUUUAUAAGAUACUUUACUUGAUUGCAGUCAUUAUUGCGCUCCUAUUGAUUAUUUUUAAUUUUCUAUAUGUAAGUCAUAUCUUCGUAAUAGAUAUAAUAUAAUUAUUAAUAUCAUUGUAUGAUUUAUUAUAUUAUUGAUGAUUUUAUCGAAAAAUAUUUUUUCUUUUUUCCUUUUUUUUUUUCUAAAUAAAUAUCUGAUUAUUUCGUUUAAUUUUUUUUUAGAUUUUUGAACUAUUUAGCGUAUUGCUAAAUGUAAAAGAAAUAAUAGAGGGCUUCGUUUAUAUGGCAGCGUUUCUAUUUAUUUCAUAUAUUAGCUUUUCCAUUGGUCAAUUGCUUAUUAAUCACAGUAAUGACGCUUUUGAAGAAUUGUGAGAUUAUUAUACAUACAUACAUGCAUAUAUACCUACAUAUGUGCACAUAUAUAUAGCUGAAUACAAAACUUGAUUUAAUUAAUUCAAAAUGUGUAUUAAUAAUGAAUAAUUUAUAUAAUGUUUUAUAUAAAAAAAAAAAAAGAAAUAUUUCUCACUUUCAGAUGUAAUAUUCCAUUCUACAAUCUUUCCAUAAAAACUCAAAAACUGCUAUUAUUCUUAUUAACGAGAAGUAUUAAACCGAUCGAAUUAUCAAUCGGUGGUAUAUUUGUAGCGUCUCACGUAGUUUAUGCCGAGGUAAGUAGCAUGUUACAUUUAUUUUUUUUUUAAAAAACAAAAAAAUAAAACAAAAAAAAAGAAAUAUCAUUCAUUAUUUCAGUUAAUACAAAAAUCAUUUUCCUUCGCCACGGUUUAUUAUAGUAUGUUGCAAAGUUAAAACUAUUUAAACGAAAAUAAAAACAUAGUAUCGAUUAUUCUCCAUCGAAGAUAUCGUUUCUUCUAAGGAGAAGAAAAAAAUAAUCACCUGUAUCAAGUAUGGUAGUAAUGCUAAAUAGUACAAUAAAAUCUUAUAUUAUGCGUAAUCAACAUAUUGUAUAUUUUUCAAUCAAGAUUCAUCGAUUCAUUCGAUUCAUUGAAUGGUACAAUCUUGUCUCUUUCUCUCUCUCUCGAAAAAAAAGAAAUACACUUUCUAGAUUCGCAUGAAUUUUUUUCUCUUUUCUUUUCUUAUCUUUUUUUUUUUACAUAUAUACAAAAUAUAACGAGUUAAAUUGUCGAUAAAGAUAAUUCGAUCGACAAAACAAUGUUUACUUCGACGGCGAUCGAUUAAUUUUCGAAAUUCCAAAUCUAAGGGAUAAUGUAUACACUUACCGUAGUUGUGAAGAAACAUAUGUUUUCAUAUGUUACGAAUGAUUAUGCUUUCCUUGAUAUUGUAAUCGUCAAGAAAAAUAUUUUAACAUAAUCGUACACUAUUAUAAAUUCGAUCAUUAUCUUAUUAUAUUAUUAUUUUGCACUAUUAUUAUUAUUUUACGAAUUUUUUUUUCACUUAUCGUCAGAAAAAUAAAAACCUCCUUCGUUACGUUCUCGUUCGUACAAUUUCUUUUUUUUUUUGUUUUUAUUUUUCUUUUCCUUUUUUUCUUCUUCUUUUAUUUUUCUUUUCUUGUUUCUCUUUUUUCCUGAAAUGUAAUAUAUAAAAUUCGAAGAGAGAGAGAGAAAAAGAGAGAAAGAGAGAGAGAGAGAGAAAGAGAGAUACAUAUAUACAACGUGACGAAUAAUCGAUAUUGCUAUUUCUUAAAGAAAUAUUCAUCCUGUACGACGUUCGGACGACAAGUGACAACGAGUGCGAUCAAUAGAGAUCUUACUGCGCAUGUCUUGCGAAAAAGAAAAAAAAUAUUAAUAUAUUAAAACUUCCCUUCUUUUAAUUGUUUAAUUGUUGGGAACGACCAUCUGUUUCUACGUUUAUAAAAAAUAUCACAAGUGUACGGUAAAGAAAUAUAUUUCAUUAUUGUUUCCCCUUAUUGAAUUUUUUCCACCCAUCUAUUAUAUCGAAUAUUAUAGUAGUCGGUGAAUAUUAUAUUUGUGUCACACCUACUUUUUCUUUUUUUUUUUUUUUUUUUUACUUUUACCCUCGACUAAUAAAGUAGCGAGAGCAUAGUGGGGAUGGGGAGUGGCGGAGGAUGAGAGAAUGUCAGUCGUUUAAUUCGCUCGAGUUCAUGUAAGACACACAAUGUCUUUGAGAGGUCUUAGUUAUUACGAACAACAUUUUCUUUUUUCAAAUCGAUUGGUACAAUUAAUAAUUGGUUUACGUCCCGAACAAACUUCGAUUCAGACUUUGUUUAUAUUUUUUAUGAUAGUCGUUUAUAUAUUACCAAUGAUCUUAUACCAGGUAAAAGUUUUUUUUUUUUUUUUUUUUUUCAUUUCUUCUUUAUUUUUAUUUAUUUUUUUUAU